UGCGUGUCAACAGCACAAAUUUCCACGCGCAGAGUGAAUCAGUGCGCGUACAUUCAUUCACAGUGAUUGUAGAAAUGCGCAAUUACGUGCGGCGACGGCUGGCGAGCUGGAAAACCCCACUGGAAUGACAAGUCCUGUAUUUGGAUCAAUUCUAACGGAUUAUCUAAGUGAACAUAAGAUUACAGUCAUGCUACAUUUAAUCUGCCUCCUGUGCCUCGUGGACAUAUCUGAUGCAGUCAUGGAUCUCACAAUGACCUCUAACGGGGCCACAUCUGCUCAUCAUUUCCGCCUCUCUUGCGUUUCUGGAGAGUGUGAUACAGACGGGAUUCAGCUGAGCAUCACAAAGGACAACAGCAUUGUCCUUCGUGCAGAUUCGCCACAUUUUAAUGUGCAGAGGCCACAGACUAAAGAAGUGGUGGCUACUGGAUUUACAGGCUUUGACCACAGUGGGAUUUUCUACUGUCACUCAAAAAGGGGCUCUGACCAAACUGGCAGCAUUACACUCAUCAACAACUACAGCAAAGACCACUUUAAACCAGUGAGAGUCACUCUGACGGCCAGUAAAGGAGACAAAGUGAAACUAAUCAUGGAUGUUGUUGGGACAGAAAGACGAGACAUUGCUUGGAAAUUCAAUGGUAACUACUACUACAUGACUCCUAUUGCUGAUGUUCAAAACCGCACAGCAGUUCUGGAUCUGAUGAAAGUUGAUGAAAGCCAUACAGGAAUUUACAGUGUCAGCUAUGUUGGGGACAGUGCUCUUUAUAGUGCCUGGAUCCGCCUCAUCGUUCGUGAAUGUCCAAAGAAUAAAUGGGGCUCCGACUGUGACAAAGACUGUCCCGAAUGCUUGAAUGGAGGCGUGUGCCAUGACAAAAAUGGAGAUUGUGUUUGCCCACCGGGGUUUAUGGGAAUGCGCUGUGAAACAGCCUGUCGUGAAGGAAUGUUUGGUAGGAGCUGCCAGGAAUCCUGUAAGUCGGAGAAUGGAUGCCAGGGCUUGAGUUUCUGUCUCACGGAUCCUUACGGCUGUUCUUGUGCCAGCGGCUGGCAUGGAGAUCGCUGUCGUAAACCCUGUCUUGAAGGAAUGUACGGCGCUGACUGUCUUUUAAGUUGCAACUGCAAGAACAAAGGCAAAUGCAAUCGAUUCAGUGGCUGCCAAUGUCCUACAAGCUGGAGAGGGCAAUACUGUGAGAAAUCAGAUCGUGCACCAGAGAUUUUGGACAUGGCCAGUAACCUGGAGGGAAACUUGAACUCCAGCCACAAGAUCACAUGUUCUGCAACAGGCCAUCCACUGCCAAGCCAUAUGAGUAUUGGGCUACGCAAGCUGGAAAGCACCGUUCUUAAGGCAUCUCACACUACCAUGGACUCCAAAAAAAGCACAGCUCACUUUGAGAUCCCAAGGCUGUCUGCAGAGCAUAAUGGUCUGUGGGAAUGUCGAGUCUCCACCAAUGGUGGGCAGGAUUCCUUCAAGUUUAUCUUAACUGUGAAAGAGCCACCCUACCCAACCACUGCUCCUAAACUGCUGUCUAGGAGUAGCAAACAGCUGGUUGUAAAGCCAGUGGACACUUAUGUGGGUGACGGUCCCAUUAUUUCCACUAAGCUACUUUACAAGCCAGUGGAUACAGAAGACUCUUGGUCCUCCAUUAUAGUGUAUGGCAGUGAUCAAAUCACUUUACCGAAUUUAAAGCCCUCAACCAGAUACCAUGUCCGUGUACAACUCGCUCGCCAAGGGGAAGGAGGAGAAGGUCCUUUGGGUCCAGAGGCAAUCAUGGAGACUGACUGCCCAGAGCCCACGGCCAGGCCGGAGAUUGAUUCCUGCUCAUUGGAGGGCCGUAAUGCCACCAUCAGGUGGUCCCUGAUUGGCACGUCCCGCAAAGCCACUGGCUUUUUAGUACAGCUCAAUGGACCACAUGGAGAGAAGCUGCGGGAGGAAACCACCUUGCUUAAUGUGCUCUCCAUCAAGCUCUACAAUCUGGAGUAUCACAGGGACUACCAAGUGGUUGUCCGGCUGAUAAACUGCGGCAGCCAUGGGCCCCUUUCAAAACCCCACCAUAUUCACAUCUAUAAGCAGGGUCCUUCUUCUCCAAGGAACGUCCAGGCAGAUGCUCUGUCCAUCAAUGCAGUCAGGCUUCACUGGCAGCCGCCUGAGGACCCCAACGGAGGCAUUGUGAAGUACAGCAUUGAAUACCAGCCAGUGGGCCAGAGCAGCUUUCACCCUUGGGUGGACACAGACGAUGGCAACAAAACCACGAAGGAUGUGACAUCCCUCAACGGGAGCACAUUAUACCAGUUCAGGGUGAGGGCUUUCUCCAAGGUUCCAGGGGAGUGGAGCAAGUUUGUACAAGCCAGAACACGUGGAGACGGAUUCUCCAACUAUAUUCCCAACACUCAGCAAGUUGGACGGCCAAUGGCUGAGGAUCAUCAGCUUCUUUGGGCUGUGGUUGGGUCAGUGGCUGUGACCUGUGUGACCAUCCUUCUGGCCCUUUUGAUUCUCUUCUACAUUAGCAAAUCUGUCCUUAAACGAAAGCGGACGUUCACCUAUCAGUCUGGAUCGGGAGAAGAGACUAUCUUACAGUUCAACUCUGGGACUCUCACACUGACCCGACGACCAAAGCCUUCCACGGAGCCCCUCACCUAUCCCAUACUGGAGUGGGAGGACAUUAAGUUUGAGGAUGUCAUUGGAGAAGGGAACUUUGGUCAGGUCAUCAAGGCCAUGGUCAAAAAAGAUGGCAUAAAAAUGAGUGCUGCGAUUAAAAUGCUCAAGGAGUUCUCCUCAGAGAAUGACCAUCGAGACUUUGCCGGUGAAUUAGAAGUGCUGUGUAAAUUGGGACAGCAUCCAAACAUAAUAAAUCUAAUCGGUGCCUGUGAAAACAGAGGUUACCUUUACAUUGCCAUUGAAUAUGCACCGUACGGAAAUCUUUUGGACUUCCUAAGAAAGAGUCGUGUCCUAGAGACCGAUCCUGCUUUUGCUAAAGAGCACGGAACUGCCUCCACACUCACCUCCCAGCAGCUCUUGCAGUUUGCUGCUGAUGUAGCAACUGGCAUGCAUUACCUUGGUGACAAACAGUUCAUCCACAGAGAUUUGGCAGCCAGAAAUGUACUUGUGGGAGAUAACCUAGUUGCUAAAAUCGCAGAUUUUGGCCUCUCACGUGGCGAGGAGGUGUACGUGAAAAAGACCAUGGGAAGACUGCCUGUACGAUGGAUGGCCAUCGAGUCACUAAACUACAGUGUCUACACCACAAAGAGUGAUGUGUGGUCUUUUGGAGUUCUUCUGUGGGAAAUUGUAAGUUUAGGUGGGACUCCAUACUGUGGGAUGACCUGUGCUGAGCUCUAUGAGAAGCUUCCUCAGGGCUACAGAAUGGAGCAGCCCAGGAACUGUGAUGAUGAAGUGUAUGAACUUAUGAGGCAGUGCUGGCGAGACAGACCCUAUGAGCGACCGCCAUUUUCGCAAAUAUCUGUCCAGCUCAAUAGGAUGCAAGAGGCACGGAAGGUCUAUGUCAACAUGGCUCUCUUCGAGAACUUCACUUAUGCUGGAAUAGAUGCUACAGCUGAAGAGGCCUGACUACCAGCACCCCCAGACCCAAGAAGGGUUCAUAACCCAAGGGAGGCUCAUCAUAGUAGGGCUUCGCGCUACUGUCACUCCCCUGUGGUCAGGUUCCAUUGUUCAAAGAGACACUCCACCAAAACCACGUGGCUAUAGAGAACAGACUGUGAAAGGACACUCUUAUGAGCUGUGACUCUAGAUUCUAGAAGGAUUCAUAUCUCAGGACAUGUUGGAUUACUCAAGAGGAAAUGGAACCUACAAUAUAAGCUACAGAUGUAGCACACUGGGUCUGUGGGGAUCUGGACCAUGCACUGAACUUCUUUUCCAUCUUUUAUUGGGAGAAUCAUUGUGUGAGGUUGUUCAAAUGUACAUUAAUCAAACACAGUUCAUUCCGUGGACAAAAACGGCAGUAUUAUUCAAUGUAGCACUUGAGAAAGCGAUGUAUUGUCCUUAUUGAAAUUUGUUUAGCUUGAGUGAGUUCUGUACAUAAUGUUUAUGUUGUUUAUCAGACCGUAAAAAUAUAUUUUUUUAAUGUUUUUUUUUUUUUACGUAUGACAUAUGUAUGA